AUGUCGACAUCCUCCCCUCCCUUAUCCCACCACGGCACCCUCGCCGAUCUCCUGCCCUCCCACUUCAUCACCCAAGUCACCACCUGGCUGGCCGAAGAUGCCCCCUCAUUCGACUACGGCGGCUUCGUCGUGGGAUCAGAACCACGUAGCGCGCAACUACUGUGUAAGUCCGCCGGGGUACUCGCCGGCGUGCCCUUUUUCGACGAGGUGUUUCGACAACUCGACUGUGCCGUGGAAUGGCAUUACGACGAGGGAACAUAUCUCGACCCCAAACAGGCCGGCGGAAAGAUCAAGGUCGCCACCGUCAAGGGACCCACCAGGAAACUUCUCCUGGGAGAAAGAGUCGCGCUGAACACACUGGCACGAUGCAGCGGCGUGGCGACCCGGUCGCAAAAAAUGCUCCAACUGGUGCGUGGAGCGGGCUACACAGGCAUCUUAGCAGGCACGCGGAAAACCACACCGGGAUUCCGGCUCGUGGAGAAGUAUGGCAUGUUGGUCGGCGGCAUCGACGGCCACCGUCACGACCUGUCGAGCAUGAUCAUGCUCAAGGACAAUCACAUCUGGUCGAAAGGAUCCAUCACCAACGCGGUCAAGGCGGCUCGUGCGGUGGGAGGCUUCGCGCUGAAGAUCGAAGUCGAGGUGCAGAGCGAGGCAGAGGCGGAUGAAGCCAUCGAAGCGGGUGCGGACGUGGUCAUGUUGGACAACUUUGACGGCGAAGGCUUGAAGAUAGCCGCGAGCAAUCUGAAAGAGAGAUGGAGGUCCAGAGGCCGGGCAGAUGUGCUCCUGGAGAGCAGUGGUGGUUUGACUGAGGCCAACGUCAAAGAAUAUAUCAACAACGAUAUCGACAUAAUAUCAACGAGCGCCGUCCACCAGGGGGUGCCACAUAUAGAUUUCUCCCUGAAAGUCGAUCAUUAA